AUUUCCCACAUUUUUACAAAAUAAAUAAUUUUAGAAUUUAAGUUGGGAUUUAUUUAUUUAUUUAUGGCUUUUUUCUUCAAAACAAGACGCAAACUCUCGGUAUAACUUUCAUCAACAGAAAAAAAUAUGUGAAUUCAGUCUACACGCGAGAGGGAAAUAAAAACAAUUAUAAAAUCAUCGAAAUGGAUUACUUAUUUGUCUCAAUCCUAUGCUUAAAUUUUGAAUUUCUUUGUUUUAAAAUAUCACUGGAUGCAAAAUAAUACAUGUACGCGCGUCUUUUAAAUUCCACGAUGAUUAUUUCUAUUAUCAUUAUUCCAGAAUAAAUCAAAAUGAUUAAUUUAUUAUCUAGUUUAUCCGUUUAAUUAAUUAAUGUAGAUAAUGCAGAAAGACAAUUUAAGUUAUGUAACAUUUGUACCAUUGUAUGGAAUUUGGCAUAUUUAUUUCACAGCAAUUAUACUCGGUGCAAUUAUUAUUUGUACAGUUAUUGGAAAUAUGUUUGUUGUUGUGGCAAUACUAACUGAUCGACAUUUACAACGUGUCUCUAACUAUCUCAUACUGAGUUUGGCCAUAGCAGAUUUAAUGGUGGCUACCUUGGUUAUGCCUGUUAGUGCGUUAAAUGAAGUAUCAGAAAAAUGGUGGCUUGGUGUUCCACUGUGUGAUAUAUGGACAGUUAUGGAUGUUCUCUGUUGUACAGCGUCUAUUCUACAUCUUGUAGCUAUUGCAAUUGAUCGUUAUUGGGCUAUAACCCAAGUUGAUUAUGUAAGAGGUCAAAAUAAAAAACCAAUAUACAUUAUGAUAAUAAUUGUCUGGAUAUUAUCCUUAGCUAUUUCAUUGCCAACACGUUUCCAUACAUCAAGAAAUGCUGAUUUAUACAAUGAUGUUCUAUACGCAGGUGAAUGUAACAUAAACAAGGAAUACGUUUUUACAAUAUUCUCAACAGUUGUCGCCUUUUAUAUGCCAAUGACAUUUUUAAUCGGUGUUUAUGCUAAAAUUUAUCAAGCCGCUAGAGAAAGAAUUAGAAAGAAACGAUUUCGAUCACCGUCUUCAAUAAUAACAACAACAACAGCAAUAGGAACAGGAACACUGUCAGCAGCUGCCUCGUCAGUGGCUAAAACAACAACACUACCAAUCACUACAAAAUCAACACCAUUAAUUGCUUUAUCAAAACGAUUAAGUAAUUUCAAUAGGCGUAGAAUACAAAAGCCACAUCAUCAUGAUGACCUUGACAGACAAUAUCAAAGAAUUAAUUCAAAAUAUUCACUAACUAGGUGUACAACGUGUUCAAUAUGCCUAAAUACUCACUUAUUAACUUGUGCGUUAAAAAAAAUAUCUGUUGAUAAUAUUCAAUCACAAACAAGUAAUGAAUACUUAGAAGUUGGCUCAAUAUUCUCUGAAAAUGAAACAUCAUCACCAUAUUUUAGCGAGUGUACAAAUGAAUUUUCUGAUAAAUUCAAUGUGACCGCCAACUGUUAUCAUACACAUAAACAAAAUGGUAUUAAAUUUUUAAAUAUGAAUAAUCAUGGUGUGAUUAAAAUGAAUAGUGUAGAUAAACAAAAUCCUUUUGUUCAAUGUUCCAAUACACUAUUGAAACAAUUCACUACAGCAGAUAAUCAUAUAAAUUGUAUACAAGAAAAUUAUCAUUGUAAUUAUGCAAAUUUUUCACGAAAUAAUUCCACAUCAGUUAAACAUAAUUUAGAAAGUGUGAAUAAAGGAAGCGAAAUAAAGGAGAGAAAUGUUUCUUGUACAAAGAUAUCGACUCGGAGAGAAGUUCAAUUAACUUCUAGCACUUCAGCAUCUGCAUCAUCAUCAUCAUCAUCAAGUGAUAUUAAUGUGAAUAAUAUCACUGAAACCGAAUGUAAGACGCCAGGGAAUUCCGCUAACUGUCUCAGUGUUGGCAUACAAGACGAGAAAGGUUCAAUCAACAACGAUACACAACUAAUCCCCAUAAAUUCAACAAUCGACCAUAAACCAAAUCAAAGUGAGUUCCUCCAAGAUAAUUUGAAAUCAGGCGAAUUCGAUGAAGAGAUUAAUACACCUCAAGUUGAAUUAGAAUUUACUUUAAACGAAUUGAAAAAAUCAUUCGUUCCAAGCCCAUUGCUGCUAGAAUUAGAUGAUAUAUCAAAUCAUUUAACUUAUUUACAGAAUCCUGUACAUUAUGUGAGUAAAUAUUCAAUUUAUCCAACAAACUGUGAUGGUGAUGAUGAUGACAAUGAUGAAAGUGAUGACAGUCCAGGCAACUGGAUCAAUAAAUCAGAAAGUAUCAAUACUAAACGAUAUACCUAUCCAAUUUCACCUCAUCUUUCUUCACUUGAUAGUUUACUCAGUGCAAAUCAUUUAUAUUGUCCUUCAGUUUAUGAACACUCCUCAUUACUUCAUAUAAAAUCGCCUUAUUAUUACGAUGAUUUACCACAAAACUUAUGUACGCUUAACUCUGGAAAUUUAAAAAAACCGCCAAACACUAACAUAAAUAAAGAUGAUGAUGGUGAUAAUAAAAGUGAUCCUUUAAAACGAACUAAUAAUAAUUCUCCAUUAAAACCGCCUAAUCAAACCUGUGAAUUAGUUCAAACAAUAGAUAUUAAUAAUAGUAAGCAAAAUAUAACAAUGAAUAUGAAAAAGAACACAGUGAAGAAGAAUAUUUCAGUUACAGUAGAAGAAGAUACUAAGAAAGAAGUUAAAAAAGACGAAAAACUAUUAACUGUGACUACUACUAAUACUACUAACACUGAUAUCAGUAGUACAGUCAAUACCACGGAGAAUUCCAGUACUACACCUAGUAAUAAAUCCAAUUUAUCACCUGAAAAAAAAGUGAAUAUAACCAGUCAACAUCUGCCUCCAAUAUCAUCGUCAAAAACGGUUGCCCAUAAAAAUAUCAAUGAAGCUGAAUUACAACGUGAACGAAUAGAGAAUAGUCGUGAGCGUAAAGCUGCACGUACACUGGCAAUUAUAACAGGUUGUUUUAUCCUAUGUUGGUUACCAUUCUUUUUACACGCAUUGAUUGCACCAUUUUGUUUCCCACAUUGUAAUAUACACCGAUUAGCUGCAAGUUUUCUUCUCUGGUUAGGUUAUUUAAAUUCACUAUUAAAUCCUAUCCUGUAUACUGUAUUUGCACCAGAUUUUAGAAAUGCUUUCAGAAAGAUUAUUUGUGGUAAAUUUUACACGAAUAGAAAACGAUAA